GGAGUAUUCAACAAUAUUGCGGAAGCGAAUUAAAAAUUGACAUAUCAUAAUUCAUUUCAAAACUUGUCACAUCCAUCCCGACAAUCCCGUCUCAUCUGCCACCAGGAUCAAAUUGUUCUUUCUGUUUACCUGCGUGUAGCAAAUAAAUCAUACUACACGCUCAGCGGUAAAAAGAAAAAAAACUAUAUCAAUAACGGCUGAAAAUUUAUACUGGCAAGCUUCUUCCCGGGAGUUUGAUGGAGAUUAGAAGUCUGGUGCAUUCCUCAUCCGACCCGGCGUCUGACGGAAGAUCUCCUACGGCAUUUGGCAACCGGCUGUUUCGUUUCCUUCAAUCCACCAUUCUCUUGAUCGCACAAGCUUAUCCACGCAAAGCAACUCCUCCGAAAUGUUCAAAUUCUGGGGUUCUCGUGGGCAAGAAGCUCCGCCACAUCGGCUGGAAACUCCUACAGACACUCAGUGUACACCAUCUGUUGUCAAUUCUCCUAGUUCUGCUGCAAGUUUCGGAUUAUCAUGUCUUUCCGAGAGACAGAACACCUCAUCACAGGUACCUCCUGUAGAGGCUGCUGGAAUCAUAGAUGCACUAAAAGAUAAAAGUGAUGAUGACUUGCGUAAGCUUCUCUCUGACGAAGAUGCUUAUAACACCUUUCUAGCUUCACUUGAGCCCGUCAAGACUCAAAACAAAGUAAGGGAUGAGCUCCGUAAUGAAACUCUGCAGCUUGCUAGGGAAAAUUUAGAAAAAGAACCAAAGAUUACCGAGCUUAGAGAUCAGUGCAUGGUAAUCCGAACAACUGAAUUAGCAGCUGCUCGAGAAACGCUGCAUGAACUGGAGAGGAGGAAGGAGGAGCUCCUGAAGAGAUACUCUCCUGCAUCCCUUCUCCAUGGACUUGAAGAGGCAGCUAAUAAAACAGACGGCGAAUCUGAAGACCUACACAAACAGCUUCUUGACCGAGAAAUCGAUCUUGCAACAUUUGUGCAGAAGUACAAGAAACUGCGCCACGCCUACCACAUGUAUGCCCUAACUCGCCUUUCAGCCAAGACUUCCAUAGCAGGUUAAAUUUUGUUUUUGUAAAAGGUACUCGUAUUAGUCGUAUAUAACUAGCGUCUUUCUUCUGCUAUCGUACUGAACUGGCCAUGGGUGAUUUGAUGACAUAAAAAAUGAGGAUUUCACAUAUCUUAUCUACUUAGUCCCCACCAUAUUAUAACUCUGAUCAUGAAGGUUAUAUUAGUCCCUUAAGAAUCAAACCGGUCUAGAUGACAUUAGU